GCAAUAUUAAUUAUUAAAAUGGAACCGAUGACGCUUGGAAGUCCUACUCACUCGCCGUCAGGGAGUCCGAAUGUGGGAUACCUGCCACCCUUCCUGUUAGGGGAAAUUAACCCUCCGUCUACACCCAGAACCAACAGCCUGUCUCCAACGAAGGGCCGGAACCUCGCAUUUGGUUCACCCACAAGCCCAACUCAAACCUCCACACCAGACCAAAAACAUUACCGUCAGAACCUCUCCAUGCACCAGCAGGCCCUGUACAACCAGCAAAACAUGUUUGCCAAUGCCCCUACAUCACCAAACGCGUCAUACAAUCCCAAUAUGUCAUACAAUCCACCGAACAUGUCUUACAACAACAGUAAGACGACAGGACCACCCAUAGAGGACUUGUUUGACACAAUUAAAAGCAAUGAACCAUCUGUAAACAAGUCGCUAUUCCAAGAGCAAAGCUUUUACAAUAACUCUGUGAUGCAAAAUUCGUAUAUGAACAGUAUGAAUGGAUCUAGCAUGAACCCGGUAGCGUGGGACGGGAGCCAGGAGCAAGAAGAAUACUGGGUGACCGUGUUCGGAUUUCCACCGAAUGCUGCAAAUACAGUAUUAGCAAGAUUUAGCAACUGUGGUGCUAUUUUAGACAAGCAAUAUCCAACGCAAGGCAACUGGGCGCACAUCCGGUACGCGACGCGAGCCGAGAAGGAGCGCGCCAUGGCACUGAGCGGGCGCCAGGUGCUGCCCGGCGUCAUGGUGGGCGUGGCCGAGUGCCGCGAGCCACCAAGGCAGCCCACCAUCUCCAGCGUCACGAGACAAACUCAAGGCGCCCGUUCCCUGUGCCCGACGCCCGUGCCGUCGGCGCCGGUGCCGCAGCGCUCCAACGGUCUCAUCUCCAAGGCCCUGGACUACGUGCUGGGCUGGUGACACGGCCUCAACGCUGUCAGGCGACUCCGGCUUAUGGUAGACUAUGAACUGUGGACUUCAAAUUAUUGAUGUUGUCGUAACG